GGUGCGUCACAAAGAUUUGGUUUCAGCUAUCACUGACCUAUGAGAAAGACGGAUGAGGCUGGUAAUUUGCUGAUCUUUGAAAUUGAAGCGAUGAGUCUGUCUCCAAUAAUACUGCAACAAAGGAGAGAUAGUCUCAUCUAGACACGCAGUCAUAUUCACACGAUACAGAUGCAAAAUGCUAAGCUCCUGAGGAUACGGCAUUUUCUAAGGACUAACCAACAAGGAUUGAACUUCUGAUUUACAUUCUGAGAGAUAUACUAAUGACAAUGAAGACUGGGAAAAAAUCCUUCAUAGCUUUCAUUAAAGAAAGAAAGAUGGGCUUAAACGACUUCAUCCAGAAACUGGUUUCCAAUCCUCCCAUUUGUCAACAUACCGAGGUUGGUUCCUUCCUAAAAAUUGACGAGAACCAGAAUGAGGAGCUCGAGGAGAAUCAUCUCUGUCUGACCAAUCCCAGGAGCUCUUUGGCUGAGGAAACUCAGAUCAAACCCUCAGAUUUCGACUACUUGAAGAUCAUAGGGAAGGGGAGCUUUGGAAAGGUUCUGCUUGCACGGCACAAGGAAAGCGAACAAUACUAUGCUGUGAAGGUGCUACAGAAGAAAAUCAUUCUUAAAAAGAAAGAGCAAAAGCAUAUCAUGGCAGAGAGGAGUGUACUAAUGAAGAACAUCAAGCAUCCAUUUCUGGUCGGGCUGCACUACUCCUUUCAAACCACAGACAAGCUAUACUUUGUGUUAGACUACGUCAAUGGAGGCGAGCUGUUCUACCACCUUCAGCGUGAGAGGGUGUUUCUAGAGCCCAGGGCAAGAUUUUAUGCUGCUGAAAUUGCCAGUGCACUGGGUUACCUUCACUCCCUGCACAUAGUUUACAGAGAUCUCAAACCAGAAAACAUCCUUUUGGAUUCUCAGGGCCACAUCGUACUCACAGAUUUUGGUCUAUGCAAAGAGGGACUGGAUCCCAAUGGAACAACCACAACAUUCUGCGGAACUCCUGAGUACUUGGCACCAGAGGUGCUUCAGAAGCAGGCCUAUGAUCGCACGGUAGAUUGGUGGUGCUUGGGAUCAGUACUGUUCGAGAUGCUAUAUGGACUGCCUCCGUUCUACAGUCGUAACACUGCCGAGAUGUACAACAAUAUCCUUCACAAACCUCUGGUGUUGAAGCCCAACGUGUCCAACGCUGGUCGUGAUUUGCUGGAAGGUUUGCUGCACAAGGAUCGUACCAAGAGACUGGGAUCAAAAGAUGACUUUCUGGAGCUGAAGUUCCACAGCUUCUUCUCACCCAUCAACUGGGAUGAUCUUAUGAGCAAGAAAAUCACCCCUCCUUUUAUUCCCUCAGUGAGUGGUCCCACUGAUUUACGGCAUUUUGAUCCCGAGUUCACCCACUUACCCGUGUCUACCUCACUUUGCAACAGCGACAGCCUGCACGUGACCAGCAGCGUGCGUGAAGCAGCAGGAGCUUUCCCGGGUUUUUCCUACGGUCCCCCGGCCGAUCAUGCCUUCCAGUAAAGGCUUCCGACACGCAUCCCUGAACUCCAGAACGUCCAAUCCAGCCUCGCUAGAACCAACAGGAACAGACUAAGAUCAGUCAGCCCAAAAGAGGGACUUCUUAGCUCUUCCGUAUUUUUUAGAACAUGUGACAUGGCAGCACAAGGGAAUCUGAUAGGAUCCGGACCCUGUGCGUGCCCAAGAGGAGCUUGAGAUGUUUGACGUCUCAAAGGACAAACGAUGGUAACAGCUUCCAGAUGCAAAGUGUGCCAAGGAGUGGAUGCACAGAUGACCUGAGCAGAAGUGCCUGAGAGUUAAAAAUGACGACAAGGCUGUGGAAAAACUGCACAGCAGACUUGAGUUGCUGGUGAUGACACCAGUUUCUGGGCGAAAUGCCUUCUGUGAUCAUGUUUCUAUAUUUGAUCAAAAUGUCACAUGGAACAGUUUCUUUUAUGAUGUUUUAUUUGUAUUUUCAUGCAUUAUUGCACAGUGGAGGUAAAGGAUUAAGGAAAGUACAAAUAUAUAGAUGGUUUGAAAAGGGGUUAUUGUACACAAAGCCCCGACAAGAGGACACAGGCAGCCCGACUCAAAUAUCAAUACAUUUUUAAUGCAUUUUUUCAUCCUAUUCACAAAUGUUAAUUUAAUACAGUAACUGCAUUACUUAUCGUCCUGCAUUAUUUUCUUAUGGUUUGUCUAGUGAUCUACUCAAAUCAAUGUGAACGUUUGUAGGUUUAGAUUAGACUGGUUGAAGAUAGAAUAUUUUCCCCAACCACAAGGCUAUUAGCUGUGAUUAGUUGUCCAAAUGAGUAUAUGACACCCUGUGUUCCUCCUAAAAGAAUUAUUGUGUCUUACUAGUACUUUCUGUCUUUUUUUUCUCCAAUGCACUUUUACAAAUUAUGCCAGACACUGUGUUUCUUGGAAAGGCUAUUUUAGUUAUAAAAUGUUAUCAUACAUAAUGCACAUUUUAUUCCACAAUUAUCAAUAAUUGUAUAUAAAGUCGGCACACCAAAGCUCCAAAAAUAUCAGCAAUUUCUUAAUUAAAAGACUUUCGCAUGGUGCGUGACGUUUUUUUUAUAUUUUUUUUUAAUAAUUUUGGAGCUUUGGUGUGCCGACUUAUAUAGGCUAAUAAUUCUUUAUGCGUUUUUUUGGUCGAGCACCCACUUGAGGUUGAUGUGCGUGCUUUUGUCUUCUUUUAUUCCACAAUAAUCAGACACUUUUAUUAUUUUAUCACGGUUGCGUACACGGCGUGUCUAGAUUGUAUUAAAUUCAUUUGCAUCAUGUACAGAAGUUCUAUAGUAGCCCAGAAAGAACCGUGUCUCUUUUUUUUUGUUCAAAUUGUGCCUGUUCAGCAUGUAUGUUGUGAAUUUUACAUGUGUGUCUACCAUUCCUGUCGGCAUUGAUCGGGCUGGACGGGGAUUUGCGGUGCAAUAGAGAUGAACAAUUUGUCAUACAAGGCGAUUGAAUGAUAUCGUUUGACGAAGAGGGAUUUUGAUCCCCUCAUAAAACUCAUCCCUAUUUUAACUGUAAAAUAUUGAAUAUCUUUGGACCAAUAAUGUUCUUUACAUUGUUCUUUAGAUGACUACAAACAUGGCAAUACAGAAGUUAUUUUCUUCCAUUUUUGGAAGUUACUCAUAUAUUGUUUUAUAUCUUCAUGUAUAUUUAUUUACAUGCCACAGAUUGUACUUCUAACGAUCAGAGUAUUAAUUCGUAGAAUGAUAAAAUAUUGGAGAAUUAUCUAUUUGAAUGAUAAAUAAAUACAAAGUAUGUCAAAAUACAUACAUGUUUUACUG